AACAAAUCAAAGUUCAGUUGACUAAUCUUAUAAACAGGAGGUCCAUAGAGACUGUGUGUUCUUGUCUGAGGUGAAAAAAACAAACUGUAAACUCCAGGAAGAAGACGUUCACCAUGAUGCGUUUAGCUGUGGUUCUCUGGAUGUUAUCAGCAUUGGGCUGUGUGGGUAGAGGUCAUCCCCAAGUAGGGCAUGCCAAGGAAGCUCAAAACUCUGCUGUGGACAGCGACAAAAGCUCAUUGGUGACUUCAGCAAACAAAGACUUUGCCUACAGUUUGUACAAGAGGUUAGCAGCUCAUGCUGACUCCCAAGGCAAAAACAUUUUCUAUUCACCAGUUAGCGUGUCUGUUGCCUUGGCUGCCUUGUCUGUAGGGGCACGUGGGGAGACCCACCGACAGCUUUUCCGUGGUUUGGGUUUUGAGAACCCUGAACUGACACAGACAGAUGUAAACCAGGCCUUCCAAACACUUCUGGCAAACACAGUGUCAGAUGAGAACAUCAAUGAAGGCACUGCUUUGUUUGUGGACAAACUCUUUAAGCCACAGCCGGACUUCCUGGAUGUCUUGAAGCAGUCUUAUUUUGCAGAUGGCUUUAGUGUUAACUUCACAAAUACUAUAGAAAGUGCCAAUACCAUUAAUAAGUAUGUAGCAGAUAAGACCAAUGGAAAGAUAAACAAGCUGGUUGACAACCUGGAUGAAAGGACUCUCAUGUUUCUCGUCAGCUACAUCUAUUACAAAGGAAAGUGGAAAACUCCUUUUGAGCAGGAACUGACCAAGGAUGACACGUUCACCGUGGCGGAAAACAACACAGUUUCUGUCCAGAUGAUGAACAAGAGAGAUGAUUUUGAAACUUACAAUGACCAGGCGCUUCACACAUCAGUCCUCCACCUCCCCCUCAGUGGUUCCUAUUCUAUGCUGCUGCUGUUGCCUCAAAAUAUGACAGCACUGGAGAAUGGUAUCAGCCAAGCCGAUGUCACCAAAUGGCUGAAAUGGAUGAAGUCCUGGCGAUAUAACAUAUAUGUUCCAAAGUUCUCCAUCAAGACAUCCUUCAAGCUGAAUGAUGUGUUGACUGAAAUGGGAAUGACAGACAUGUUCAGUGAUCGAGCAGAUCUGAGCGGUAUUUCAGAGAACUUAGGAGUCUCUGAGAUUGUGCACCAAGCUACCCUGGACGUUGAUGAGGUUGGGGCCACUGCUGCAGCUGUCACAGGUGUUAAAUUCACACCUCUUUCCUACUAUGAACCCCUGGUCUUGAAGUUCAACCGUCCAUUCAUGGUGAUCAUCGUUGAGCGCAGCACAGAAAAUGUGCUUUUCAUGGGCAAAAUUGUUAACCCAAAUAUCUAAGAGGAAACACUCUGUUUCAAGCAUUGCUGUUGCAAUAGAAAUUAAAUGAAAAAUACAAUAAAAUAAAAAU